UUUGAAACGCGGAGCACUGGCGACCACAGCAGUCCAAGUGUCCUUCCCUUGCGAACCUGGAGCUCAAGGGGCGAGGGCCCCCGGUUCUGGGCCAGGAGAACCGGGGUCACAUAUGCCUAGCGAGAAGUCAUGCACUCCGUUGUUCCUUCCACUUGUCUCAGUGGCGCGGGGAUAUCCCAGGACUCUCGCCCAGGUGUCUUGGAAGUCACCUGAGUAGCGAGGUCGCGAAGAGCGUAGCUGGGUCCAGUUCCAGGCGGUCAAAGGCCGCUUAGAAAUGAAAGCAGCUCGGUGAGUCAGCGCGCUGAGAGGAGGCUGGCCCGCGAGGCGCCGCCCCUGGGUGGGGACCCCAGUCACUCUCCGCCGGCCGGGUUUGAGUCGCUGGCCUCGCGCACUUCCCGGGCUGGGUGGCCUGGACUCUUCAGACGGCAGGCGCGGAUCAUGGCCUGUGGGGCGACGGAGAGGGGACCUGAGCCCCCGGCCUUCCAGCGCCAUCCAGAAGCCAUCGCACCGCGCCUGGCCCACGGCUACGGGCUGCGCAGAGAGUUGCGGGACCUGGAGUUCGGCCGCUUAGCAGGAACUGUCUACCUUGACCAUGCAGGAGCCACUUUGUUCCCCCAGAGCCAGCUCACAAACUUUACUAAGGAUCUCACGGAAAAUGUCUAUGGCAAUCCUCACAGCCAGAACACCACCAGCAAGCUCACCCAUGACACCGUGGAGCAGGUCCGCUACAGGAUCCUGUCCCACUUCCACACCACCCCGGAGGACUACACCGUGAUCUUCACAGCCGGAAGCACCGCUGCUCUCAGGCUAGUGGCAGAGGCAUUUCCGUGGGUGUCCCGGACCCCAGAGAACAGUGGUAGCCACUUCUGUUACCUCACUGACAACCAUACCUCUGUGGUGGGAAUGAGGAAGGUGGCUUCAGCCAUGAAUGUCACAUCCACCCCAGUCAAGCCAGAGGACAUGUGGUCACUGGAGGAAAGGGGUGCCGGAGCCUGCGAUGCUGACUGUCGGCUCCCGCACCUCUUCUGUUACCCAGCUCAGAGCAACUUCUCUGGCACCAGAUACCCACUGUCAUGGAUAGAAGAGGUCAAGUCUGGGCGGAGGAGCCCCGUGAGUGUGCCUGGGAGGUGGUUUGUGCUCCUCGACGCAGCCUCCUAUGUCAGCACCUCCCCCUUGGAUCUGUCGGCUCACCAGCCUGACUUUGUCCCCGUCUCCUUCUACAAGAUCUUUGGGCUUCCCACAGGCCUGGGCGCUCUGCUAGUCAGUAAUCACGUGACUCCCCUGCUGAGGAAAGGUUACUUCGGAGGAGGCACUGCAGCCGCCUACCUGGCAGGAGAGGACUUUUACAUCCCCAGGUCAUCGGUGGCAGAAAGGUUUGAAGAUGGCACCAUAUCAUUCCUUGAUAUAAUAGCGUUGAAACAUGGAUUUGAUGCUUUGGAGCACCUCACAGGUGGCAUGGAGAACAUACAAAGGCACACCUUCGCUCUGGCACAGUACACCCACUCUGCCCUGUCUUCUCUCUGCUAUCCCAAUGGAGCCCCUGUGGUGCGAAUCUACAGUGAUUCCAAGUUCAGCAGCCCUGACGUGCAGGGUCCAAUCAUCAAUUUUAAUGUGUUGGACGAUGGUGGGAGCAUCAUUGGCUACUCCCAGGUGGACAAAAUGGCCAGCUUGUACAACAUCCACCUGAGGACUGGCUGCUUCUGUAACUUGGGCGCCUGCCAGAGGCACCUGGGGCUAAGUGACGAGAUGGUUAAAAAACAUUUUCAGGCUGGCCAUGUCUGUGGAGAUGAUGUUGACAUCAUAGAUGGACGGCCCACGGGCUCUGUGAGGGUUUCCUUUGGAUACAUGUCCACACUAGAAGAUGCCCAGGCCUUUCUCAGGUUCAUCAGAGCAAUCUGCCUUCGCUCGCCCGGUGACCAGUCUGUUUCCCAAGCUAGCACCAGUGGAGCCUUAUCCUCAGGAAGUGACUGUCACUCACCUCCGGAAGGUGCCUGCACAGACCCUACAGUUUGCAAUGACUCCUGUCCUGCUGCAAAUACCGUGGACCUGGACCGGUCUCUGAGCAAAGCCAGCAGCAUCCAGCAGACCCUUCCAGAGGAAGCUGCAGGUAUCCCGAAUGGGGACCUUGGGUCCCACAUUGUCACCAACAUUUACCUCUACCCCAUCAAAUCCUGUGCUGCGUUUGAGGUGACCAAGUGGCCUGUAGGGAGCAAAGGGCUGCUGUACGACCGGAACUGGAUGGUUGUGAAUCACAAUGGCAUUUGUCUCAGUCAGAAGCAGGAGCCACGGCUCUGCCUGAUCCAGCCCGUCAUCAACCUGCAGCAGAGGAUCAUGGUCAUCAAAGCCAAAGGGAUGGAGCCUAUAGAGGUGCCGCUUGAGGAAGACAGCACGCGGGUGCAGAUUUGCCAGAGCAGAGUGUGUGCAGACAGGGUAAAUACUUAUGACUGUGGAGAAAAUGUUUCAAAAUGGCUGUCUAAGUUUUUUGGCCGUCCAUGUCAUUUAAUCAAGCAAAGUCCUGACUUCCAACGAAAUGCAAGGAAGACACCUGGAAAAGGGCCGUCUCCUGGCACCGCCGCCACCCUGUCCCUGGUGAAUGAGGCGCAGUAUUUGCUGGUGAACACAUCGAGUGUUCUGGAGCUUCAACAACAGCUAAAUGCCAGUGAUGAGCAUAGAAAGGAGGAGCCAUUGUCAGUGAAAGAUCUCGUCUCCCGCUUCCGUGCCAACAUCAUUACCAAAGGAGCGAGGGCUUUUGAAGAAGAGGCAUGGGAUGAGGUUUCCGUUGGCUCCUUGCAUUUCCAGGUCCUGGGACCUUGUCACAGGUGUCAGAUGAUAUGUAUUGACCAGAAAACAGGGCAGCGGAACCAAGAUGUUUUCCAGCAGCUUUCUGAGAGUCGGGGGAGAAAGGUGAACUUUGGUGUGUACCUGAUGCACGCGUCCUUGGAUUUAUCCUCUCCCUGCUUCCUGUCGGUGGGAUCUGAGGUGCUCCCUGUGUUGAAGGACGUGGAGUGUCCUGACUCACCUGCUUCCCAGAAGCACCCGGGCGUUAUCAUCUAACAUUUCUUCCCCAGAGAGCAUUAAAGUUUCUCUUCACA